AUGCCGUCGACUACUUCUGAUAAGGCGGUGGAUCCUUAUUCCUAUGUGCUUGUGUGUGUGUUUGUGCGACAGACGCGUUGGCUCAGCCAUGUGCUGUGUCAUCCAUGCCAGGCGCACGAGGUCGGUGCCCUCGGGCCUGGGGGCGGUCCUCCAGAGCCGUCGUCUGCGUCAGUGUUACUGCACAUGCUCGCACUUAUACUUCCCGAGCAUGUGCCUGUCCCGCUGCAUGAGCGAUGGAGGCACGCGACCGAGCAGCUCUGGCAAUGUGUCCUGCGUGGCACGUCGUAUGCUGCGUUCCACUCGGACUGUGGAGGCAUGGUGCAGUUGAUGUUGGGUGAGAUCGCAGAUCAGACCGUGGAGGAUCCACGCGUCCCGCUGAACAAUGCCGUGAGCCGUGUGUGGGCUGCACAGGCGGACCGGCUCUAUGGCACUGUAGCCGGCACAAUCUUGACCAUGCUGGAUAUCCUUUUGUCUGCUGCAUGGCCCCUGUGUCUGUGUGAGCUGUUGGGGUGGAUCGCCGCUCUAAGCGUAGCGCACCCUGACUUUGCACCGUACCUUCUAAAGAGCCUACGCGUGCUAUGCUGGGACAAGGAAGCAGCUGCAUCGACGCGCACAGGGUCCCAGACGCCGUCAUCGACGCAAGCGUCGCCGUCGACGCCCCGAACAGCUAUGCACAAGUCACUGAUGUCGAUGCUAGUUGAGUGCCUGCGCCUGACUACAUGCGCUGCGGACACGGGCGAGGAAAGGCUGUCUGCGGCCGAGCAGCAAGCGCUGCGCCUGAGUGUGGUGCGUGUAUGCCAUAUGGUUGCGUGGACACAGGCGCCGUAUGGACUGCAAGAUUUGCAACCGUUCCUGAAAACACCGGGCCUGCUUCUGUUCCUCCUGAGUAAGCCGGAUCCCAGUGCUGAGGUGCUUGUGGAGACGAUGCAUCUUCUUACAGUCAUCGCAGGAGACCCGCUAGCGCUGCACCUGUGCCUUUCGUCGCAGUGGGAGCCAGCGUGGCAGCCGGCGAUGAAUUUGCGCCUCUCUCAGGCGCGCUUCCCUAUGGUCGAUGUGCUCGCAAAGCACCUGAUCGACCGGCGUAAUGAUACCCCGCCUCUUGAGAGCCACCAGGUCCACUCGUCGAUCCUGGCAUUCUUGGCCCAUGCGAUGCGCUGGGCGGAUACCUCAGUGGUGCUGGCCGAUUCGACGACACUGCUACCUGCGCUGAUCCAGGUUCUGAGCUGGGAUGUUCAAAUCCUGUGGAAUAGCGAGCCGGCUGUGCCUUCGCCUGGCCUCCUGGCCGCUGAGCGGUACGUGUAUUCGACUCAUGCAUGCUUGCAUGGCCUCUUUCUUCCUGAAGGCCAGCCGCCUCGUCACUUGGCGGAAAAGCUGUUGGCGCCUCAGGUCCAGAGCGUAUUGCAUGGCGUGCGCCAUGCAUUUGUGAUGGCCGUCGGCCGCAUUGCCUUUGCGAGUGAACCCGACUGGCUCGUGCUCCCUGGGCUGUCGGAGCCAGCGGCCGUGGAGCGUCGCAACCGCAUGCGCACGCAGCUGGAGAGUGCUGCAGGUACGCCUCUCUGCUGA